GGACUCACCUUGUAAGUUUAUAAAAACAAGUGCGUUGUUAUUAAUUCUUAAAACGAAAGAGCUUACAACUUUGUCAUAAUCUUAUUAACCGGUAUCGAAAGACAGCGAAGUAAAAUAAAAAGAACAAAGUCAAUUUUAACACAUUUGUUUUGAUAUUUUGUUUAAGGUGUUAAAAAUAAGCUCUUCUUUUUUUUAAUUUAUUAUAUUCUUGAUAUUAUAUGUUCAAUUAAGUUAUUAUCGGUUUUGUUAGAUUCAAAAAUUUUUAACGUUAAUUAGACAAUAGCUAUUAGACUCGAUAAUUACAUUUAUUCUGACGCGAAUGAAAAACAAUUAGAUUUUGUAGUUUAUUGAUAAAGCGAAGAAUCAUUUCUCAUCUUGUUUGAAAUAUAAAAACACUUUUUAAAUUAUCAAUUCUAAUGGAAAUUAGAGAUUUGGAGCAACCUAAAGACGACUCAUUUAACGAUGAUGGCAUUUUAUAUGAAAAAGAACAAAAGACAAAAACAUUUUCGAGGAAACUCUCCGAUACACUUCGUAUGAGGUCCUAUUAUGCAGAGAAAAUUUCUAGACGAUCUUCAGCUCCUAACUCUAAGAAAAAUACUGAUAUUAAUAAAGAAAAUAACGCUCAAACAAACCAAGUCGAUAUUGUUUCGACUAACCCAAUAAUAGUUGGUACUAAAAAAAGUAUUACAUCCUCCUUACAAAGAAAACUUACAUCAAAAAAUGACGAUUUGUUUAAAUUAUUCGAUGAACCCCAAAACAUCUCAACCACACAACCUUCUAAAGAUAAGCUGUCUAAAAAAUCAUUAAAAAUGCUAAUAGGAUCAAAGACUGUUGAUGAAGAUAGUGUAAUAGCAAGAAAUGAACGUUUGCUCAGUGCACCUGGAAUUAUACAAUCAAAACGCUUGCAGAAUAGACAUUCGCCUAGGGAAUGUUAUGAAACUAUUUCAGCAGCUAGCUUUAAUACCAAUAAAUUUGUACAGAAUUCCGAAAGAAAUUCGAUAUGUUUAGACUUUGAAACAGACGAGGAUAUAAAGCAAAAGGAAAACCUGGACUUAGAAAUAAAUAAAAGAUUUUUAUUUAAAAACGAAACGUCAAGAACAAUUGAUAAAUUUAAUCUACUUUUAAUUGGUUCAAAGUCAGUUGGCAAGACAGCUUUGACAGUAAGAUUUCUUACGGGAAGAUAUAUACACGAAUAUUUAUCAUUGCCAGCUGAAGUGUAUUCAAGAAAAGUGAAAUGGAAUGAACAAUCCGUUGGAGUAGAAAUAACAGAUAAAGACAUAGAAUCUUUGAAUGACGAGAUAGAGUUAAAUCAAAGUUCUGGAAUCAUGAUUCUUUAUUCAAUAGUAGAUCGAGCUUCAUUUUUUGCAGCAAAAGUUUUAUUAAAACAUUUAUAUGAUAACUCAAUAACACAUUUGUAUCCUGUUUUACUGAUUGGAACAAAACGAGAUCUAUCAAGGCUGCGCACAGUUAGUUGUAAAGAAGCUUUACAAGUUGCUCAUUGUUACAACUGUACAUACACUGAAGUUUCUGCUGCUGAUAACAUAAAAGUAAUUAACUCUUUCCAAAAACUAUUUAGUGAAAUAGAAAAAAAACAGAUAUUUUGUGAACACAAUAAUAUAUUAGAUUCAACAAAAGAACAUCCAGUCGUUGCUUUGUAGUUGCAACAGUGAUGCAGUUAUUGUUUUUUAAUUUCAACUUCCUGUGAAAUUCAAUAAAACGAGACAAACUACAAGAAAAAAUUACAGCUGUUAAAUUACUGAGCCAUUUAUUUUUAAAGUACUGAGCCAUUCAUCUUUAAAUAAUUGUUAACAUUUAUGAAAAACAAAACAACAGAUUAUGAAAGUACAUAAAAUUGUUCAACAUAUAUAAAUGAGGAUCAAAAUUUAAAAACUAAAACUUAUUUAUUGAUAAUUUAGUUAUUUUUAAAUUAUUAACAUAACUUGUUUUUAAGAAUCCAACAUUUAUUACCAGGUAAUCAAAAUGGAAUACAUUUCAGCCUAUAUAUGAUAAUAGGCAAAUACAAUGCAAUUUUUUAAACAUUGUUUUGAGUUUUCUAUGUCAUAAAUCGUCUAACUUAAAUAAUUUAGGUAAUUGUGUAUAUUUAUUUUUUUUAGUGCCCAUUACCUCAUAAUUUCAAAUUGAUUAAUUAAAUUUUUUUAUUUUUCUGGUUAGUUAGGUUUUAGUUGAGAUUAAGUGCUUGUUCUGAAUCGAAUGUUAAUGUAAAAAGUUUGCUGACUCGUGGUGAGAUUUAUACAGGAAAAAGUUAAACGCCAAUGUGUUUGACUCGAGAUUUUAGGUUAGGUUUCAUUUAAAGAUUUAAAAAAAAAAGAAAUAAUAAAU